AACGUAAAAAAAAAACAUUUUCAUCGCGUUAUCUUCCUUCAUUCCAUACCAAAAAAAAGGAGCUUCCUUUGCUGCAACUCAGCCAUGGAGGAAGUGUGCGAGGGCAAGGACUUCUCCUUCCCCAAACAAGAAGAAACCAUCCUCAAACUCUGGUCCGAAAUCAAAGCCUUCGAAACCCAAUUGGCGCGCACGGAGGGCCAGCCGGAAUACGUCUUCUAUGACGGCCCUCCGUUUGCCACCGGCCUCCCGCACUACGGCCACAUCUUGGCCGGAACCAUCAAAGACAUCAUCACCCGAUUCUUCUCCAUGACCGGCCACCACGUCAUCCGCCGAUUCGGGUGGGACUGCCACGGCCUGCCUGUGGAGAACGAGAUCGAUCGGACUCACGGUAUCAAGCGCCGGGACGACGUGCUGAAUAUGGGGAUCGAUAAGUACAACGAGGCCUGUAGAAGCAUUGUGACGCGGUACGUCGGCGAGUGGGAGAAGGUUAUCACUCGGACGGGGCGGUGGAUUGAUUUCCAGAACGAUUACAAGACGAUGGACUUGAAGUUUAUGGAAUCUGUGUGGUGGGUUUUUGCGCAAUUGUUCGAAAAGGGGCUGGUUUAUAAAGGAUUCAAGGUCAUGCCAUACAGCACUGGUUGCAAGACACCACUCUCAAAUUUUGAGGCUGGUCAAGAUUAUAGGGAUGUGCCUGAUCCCGAAAUUAUGGUGACUUUUCCAAUUGUGGGAGAUCUGGAAAAUGCAAGUUUUGUGGCUUGGACAACUACACCAUGGACCCUCCCUAGUAACUUAGCCCUCUGUGUCAAUGCGAACUUUACUUAUGUGAAGGUUCGCAACAACUACUCGGGGAAAGUUUAUGUUGUUGCUGAAUCUCGGUUGUCAGCUCUUCCUAGCGAGAAACCUAAAGAGAAAAGUACUGUAGUAGAAAAUGGGUCCAAGUCUAAGACCAAGGGAGGAGCUGGGAAAAAGGAAACUGUCGCCAGUUCAUCAUAUCAAGUAUUGCAGAAAUUCUCGGGGGCUUCAUUAGUGGGAAAUAAGUAUGUGCCACUGUUUGAAUACUUUAAGGAGUUCUCUGAUGUGGCAUUUAGAGUUGUUGUGGACAACUAUGUUACUGAUGAUAGUGGGACUGGUAUUGUUCAUUGUGCUCCUGCCUUUGGCGAGGAUGAUUAUCGUGUUUGCCUCGAAAACCAAGUAAUCAAUAAGGGAGACAACUUGAUUGUAGCGGUUGAUGAUGAUGGCUGCUUUACAGAAAGAAUCACUGAUUUCAGCGGGUUCUAUGUCAAGGAUGCCGAUAAAGAUAUUAUUGAAGCAGUGAAGGCAAAAGGAAGGCUAGUGAAGUCCGGAACUUUCACUCAUUCUUAUCCCUUUUGCUGGAGAUCUAAAACUCCACUUAUCUACAGAGCUGUCCCAAGUUGGUUUAUCCGGGUGGAGCAGUUGAAAGAAAAAUUGCUAGAAAAUAACACACAGACUUACUGGGUUCCUGACUUUGUCAAGGAAAAGCGCUUCCACAAUUGGCUGGAAAAUGCAAGAGAUUGGGCCGUUAGUCGAAGUAGGUUUUGGGGAACUCCUCUCCCUGUGUGGGUUAGUGAGGAUGGCGAGGAGAUACUAGUCAUCGAUUCUAUUGAUAAGCUUGAAAAGCUUUCCGGUGUUAAGGUUUUUGAUCUGCACCGGCACAAUAUCGAUCAUAUCACUAUUCCAUCUGCUCGUGGUCCGCAACAUGGUGUUCUUCGACGUAUAGAUGAUGUGUUUGAUUGCUGGUUUGAGAGUGGAUCCAUGCCUUAUGCUUAUAUCCACUAUCCUUUCGAGAAUGUUGAACUUUUUGAGAAAAAUUUUCCUGGGCAUUUCGUCGCGGAAGGGCUAGAUCAGACUCGUGGGUGGUUCUACACUCUUAUGGUGUUAUCUACUGCGUUAUUUGGGAAACCUGCUUUUAGAAACCUGAUUUGCAAUGGACUUGUCCUUGCUGAGGAUGGAAAAAAAAUGAGUAAAAGUUUGAAGAACUAUCCUUCACCAAUGGAGGUUAUUGAUGACUAUGGUGCUGAUGCACUACGAUUAUACCUCAUCAACUCUCCUGUUGUGCGUGCGGAGACAUUACGUUUCAAGAAGGAAGGAGUUUUUGGUGUGGUCAAGGAUGUAUUUCUUCCUUGGUACAAUGCAUACAGGUUCCUUGUUCAGAAUGCAAAGAGACUUGAAGAUGAAGGGUUUGGCACUUUCCUCCCUAUUGAUCUAACCACUGUACAAAAAUCAUCUAAUGUGCUUGACCAGUGGAUCAACUCAGCCACACAGAGUCUUGUGCAUUUUGUCCAACAAGAGAUGAAUGGUUAUCGACUUUACACGGUGGUUCCAUAUCUUUUGAAGUUUCUUGACAACUUGACAAAUAUUUAUGUGCGGUUCAAUCGCAAGAGGCUAAAGGGUCGUACUGGUGAAGAAGAUUGUAGGAUGGCACUCUCAACUCUUUAUAAUGUCCUCUUGGUGUCCUGUAAAGUGAUGGCACCAUUAACGCCAUUCUUCACUGAGGUGCUUUAUCAAAAUUUGCGGAAAGUUUUGAAUGAGUCUGAGGAAAGCAUUCACUUCUGUAGUUUUCCUAAAGCAGAAGGAAAGAGGGAUGAACGCAUGGAGCAGAGUGUUAGAAGAAUGAUGACAGUGAUAGAUCUUGGCCGUAACAUUCGUGAGCGUCACAAUAAGCCUCUCAAGACACCCCUUAAGGAGAUGGUUAUAGUUCAUCCUGAUGCAGACUUUCUUGAUGAUAUUGCUGGAAAGCUAAGAGAUUAUGUGUUGGAGGAACUUAAUGUACGAUCUCUUGUCACAUGUAAUGAUACAUUGGAGUAUGCUUCGUUACGUGCAGAGCCUGAUUUUAGUGUACUGGGUAAGCGGCUUGGAAAAUCGAUGGGAGUUGUUGCCAAAGAAGUCAAGGCCAUGUCCCAGGAAAGCAUUUUAGCAUUUGAGAAAGCUGGAGAAGUUACUGUUUCUGGUCAUUGUUUAAAGCUUGCUGAUAUUAAGGUGGUUAGGGAUUUCAAGCGUCCUAAUGGAAUGACAGAAAAGGAGAUUGAUGCAGCGGGAGAUGGUGAUGUUUUGGUGGUUUUGGAUUUACGUCCAGAUGAGUCCUUGUUUGAGGCUGGUGUUGCUCGCGAAAUUGUUAGGAGAGUUCAACAGUUACGGAAGACAGCUGCCCUUAAACCUACUGACGUGGUAGAGGCCUACUUUGAAUCUUUAGAUCAAGAUAAAUCAGUCUCACAACGGGUUUUGCAAUCCCAGGAAGAAUACAUUACAGAUGCCAUUGGUUUUCCAUUGCGUCCUUCUCAUGUGAUGCCAUCAGAUGCUGUCCUUGUUGCGGAGGAGAGUUCCCAUGGGGUAUCUGGUAUGUCAUUUGUUAUCAGAUUGGUUCGCCCGACCAGUUCCAAGUAGAGUUUCUAGAAACGAUCAAGUAUCUUUAGUCAAAUUUCGUUAGCUAAUCAUUUAGGUUUAAUCAUGUUGUUACCUCGUUGGUGCUUUCGGGCAAACAGCAUUAGUUUCAUCACGCCUUUGUUUUAUGUUCUUGUUUUGGCACUGUUGGAAAACUAUUAUUUGCGGAAGUAAUGAACACAAGAUUUUGGAUUACCGUUUA